AGAACUGAUGAAGGCUCUCGUUGAAUCAGAGGUUAAACUUCGCGAGAACCGGCGAGUAAAUCAGCAACGCUAUCGCAUAAAGAUCAACCAGCAUGCAGAGAGUCUAGAAAGCGAUACGCGACGUCUUAAACAGGAGAUCCAACGACUCGAAAUAGAGUACAACCGCCCCCUUUGCACUCCCACCGAGAAAACUCCUUGGAGCGUCGUGGCGGAAUACUAUCGGCUGUUUCGACACGGCUCCCAGGUGCCGAUUUCAAGAGAACACACUUUUCACCCGAGAGAGGCUCAGAUUCAGAAAACUUUUCUACACCAGGCUAUGGCGACGAACAUUUGUGUUAACAGCGGCUUCGGUAUCGACGCUCUUCUGAAAGAGUGGACAUUUGUCCCGCAAAAGACUGGAAGCCUGGCAGUGCAGCUUGUACGGCUCGAGUAUGACGACAGAGCCACGAUGCUAGCAACCGUUAAAGUGCUCGUCACUAUAACGGAAGAAGUGCUGCAGUUCAGCUUCUCACACCUCAUUGAUAUGGACAACAGACUAUCACCACUGGCGGAAAAGCUUCUUGGAAGACAAAUAGUAAUUCCAAUCAUGGUGCGGUUUGAGUGGGAUGCCACUACAGCUCAAGUUGCGAGCUUGUACUCCACGCCAGACUUAGUUAAUCCAUUUACGAAGGUACUUGGUAGUUUGAAGGGUGCAGCUCGUGUGCUUAACAACUCGCCUCUGGCGGUGGCGCUCGGUGCAGCCUCAAUUUGA